ACCUCCAACCAUGUCCAAGAAGGGUAGCGACACACCAUCGUCAAUCCGCAUCCGCGAGAAUCAGAGGCGUUCGCGCAACCAGCGCAAGGAGCUUAUCCAGGACUUGCGCCGCCGAGUGCAGGAAUAUGAAAUCAAGGGCGUUGCCGCCACGCAGGAGAUGCAGCGCGCCGCACGCAAGGUCGCCGAGGAGAAUUCACUGUUAAGAAGUCUACUUGCCAGCCGUGGUGUGACGCAUAAUGAGGUAGAGGCAUAUCUGCGCUCCUUCAACACCAACACCGCUCCCACUACUCACACCACU